CGUCGGGCAGGUGUGCACGGCGCGCAGCCCCCGCUUCUGCGCCGACGUGACCAAGUACUCCAUGGACGCUUACCCUGUCGCACACCACGCCCGCUUCUGCGGCCUGGCGGGCUGCCUCGCCGUGUGCGUGCAGCUGCGGCGCGACGACGUGGCGUCCAUGGACGGCGGCCGGGAAGAGUGCGUGCUGGAGUUCUUCCUCCCGCCGGACUGCAGAGACGGCGAGGCGCAGAAGGCUGCGGUGGUCGCCGUCGCUGCCACAAUCAUGGAAUGCUUUGGCAAUGGCGAUCUGAAGGCGAUCGCGAUAAGCGGCUUGCAAGAUUUGGCUUUUGAGAUCGUUGCAGAUGGCGAGUGCGUGCCACGGCUGGAUCGUGUAAUCAUCGCUGAUACCCCUGAGCUUGAGAUGAACAAUCACGGAGGAGAUAAGAGGGAUUCACAUGAGGAGGACGUGCACCGGGCAGCAGCUGUGGGUAGUGCAGACAUUGAAGCACCCAAGAUGAACACUGGUGAACAAAAGGGAUGUGAGAAUCCAAGAUCACGAGUUGGCAAGAAGAAGAAGAUGGGGAAAAGAAAGGGUGAAAAAACUGUCAGUUUGGAGGAAGUACAGCGCUACUUCUCUGCGAGCCUGAAAGAUGCAGCGAGGAGUCUUGGCGUUUGUCCGACUACGAUGAAGCGCAUCUGCAGGCAGCACGGCAUCUCCAGAUGGCCAUUUCGCAAGAUCGCCAAGGCGAACCGCUCCCUCGACAAGAUCAAGUGCGUCUUCGAAUCAGUGCAAUACUCAUCAAAGCCCAUGGCCGCUUCUCAGCAAGCUCCAGCUCCAGCUGCUGCGCACCGUGCUCCUGCCCUGCCCUGCCUAUCAAGUGCUCUGGGAGUGGCCUCCUCCCAAGGCUCAUGCCAAGAACCUCCUCCUCCCCUUAAGAACAAGGCGCUGCACAAGCCUUUGCAUGGCGGCAACGCUGGGGUGGUGACCGUGAAGGCCAGCUACAGAGGGGACAUCGUCAGGUUCCGGGUGCCAUGCUCUGCCGGUGUCGCGGCAGUGAAGGGGGAGGUGGCCAAGAGGCUGCGCCUGGAGGCUGGCGCCUUCGAUGUCAAGUACCUCGACGAUGGCAAUGAGUGGGUGCUCCUGACAUGCGACACUGACUUCCAAGAGUGCCUCGACGUCGUCCCAGCGUUGUCAGCAGCGCCGUCAUCGUCUGGUCCCGGAGCAGCUCAGCCAGUGGUCAGGUUGAUGGUGCAGGAGGUAGCUGACAGCCUUGGGAGCUCCUGUGGGAGCUCAGUUUAGUCACAGAACUAGAGCUGUAAGGCUUAACCAAUGUAUACUACAGGCAUUUGUAAUCACUGAUCAACAUCACAACUUCAAUGACAUCUGUAUACAUCUAUGUCAACUAGACAUGUCAAAAUUUGAAACAGA